ACUGCAUCUGGGAUCUGGCUAUCUUGUAGCCACUUCCAGAAAAAAAGGAAGAGUCAACCAAGUGAUGUACGAUACGAAUAAGAUGCGAAAUGAGUGAAUAAUGAAUAUGAAGAAAGGACAGAAAGAGACAGAAUGGAGAAAAGUAAUCAAAAUUUAGUCAUCGAAUCGUUUGAACUGCCAUAUACACAUCACGUUGUUUUCUUUUGUGUAGACACGCGGCUAACCGUUUCUUAUUACGUACGAAGGUCUGCACGAUGUUGAUGCUUUGCUUGCUUUAGCAUUCUUGGCAUUCAAUGCAGUUCUUUUCUUUAUUGAUAUAUUACAAAUGAGACGCUGUCAAAAUGCCUCACCUUAUGGUGAAGUGGUCCAGUAAUUUCAAAUUGAAUGCCGCUUACGGUCUCUCGAUCUUGCGUCCUAUUUCGUCAUCUACCGAGGUACUGCUUGCUGGCCUAUAAGUUGUUCGGCGAGUCUGAUCAACUACUCUAGCUUGGACUGACAUUUACCAUAAGCCUCCCUUUAACCGGCACGAUUUCUAGUAAGUCGACCCAAGUCAGAACUGCGCCUUAUUUUUCCUGAGUCGUACAAUAUGCACAAAGGGAAGUGUUAUAAAUGCAUUGUGGCGCGCGCAGAUACGCAGCGACAGCUGGGCAACGGCGGACGAGGCGAUCGAGGAGAUACUGGAGGCAUUCAACCUGGCCGAGAAACGCGACGCCCUGGCCAGCUCCUUGUCCUGGGGCACUAUGCGAAAACUGCAGCUCGGCGUCGCCAUUGUCGGAAGCCCCUUGAUCGUGGUUCUGGACGAGCCCACGGCGGGUGCGGACCCCGAGUGCAAGGGCGCACUGUGGGAAUGCGUGCUGCGCUUCCACGAGGACAAGACAAUGCUGCUGACCACGCACAGCAUGGAGGAGGCCGACACCCUCGGCGACCGCAUCGCCGUCUUGUCGUCCGGAAGGCUGCGCUGCUGCGGCUCGCCGCUCUUCCUGCGCACCACCUACGGCACGGGCUACUGGAUCAGGGCAGGCAUGAAGAACUUCAGUCCGGCGCGUGCUCUUGCCGACCUGAUACGGCGUUACGUUCCCCGAGCUCAGAUCAAGGCUGACGACCACCAGACGCUCAACGCGAACGUGGGAGAUCCUGGCGUCAACACGCUCAUUCAGCUACUCCGUGAGCUGGAAGAGAACCGGCGCACGUACUUGCUCGACUCGGUGUCGGUGUUCGUGGCGGCGCUCGAAGACGUGUUGCGCUGCGUGGACCGCGAUCCGGGGGAGAGCGAGGACGAGGGAGCGCCCGAGCUGCCCGACUGCCCGUGUGCCCUGGUCGACGCCAACAAGGUGGCUGCCGGCGGCAUCAACCCGAGCAGCCAGCAGCGCCUCUAUGCCCUCGUCGUGAAGCGGCUGCAGUACGGCCGCCGCGACUUCAGGCUGCCCAUGCUCAUGCUCCUGCUUCCACUCUCGGUCAUCCUCCUCUUUGUGUUCAUGAACCAAACGCACAUCUCGAGAAAGCUCAUAUACUCCGGGGCCGUAGAGUACUCCCUGCGCAAGAUCUUUGGUCGCACGGUUGCUUUCUACACGACCGACGAGAGCAUGAACAACGUGGCCACUGGAAGAUAUGCGAGGUACCUGAACGAAGAGGAAGGCGCCAAGGUGCGGCGGUUGAAGCCGGGCGAGCCCUGGGAGUGGUUGCGAGACCAGGCGCUGGAGAACUACCAGCGCUACCGGCGCAGCUUAGUGGUGGGCGCCGGAUACCGGCUCACCAGCAACUGGUCCACCGUGCCCGCGCAGGCCAUCGUGCACGCGCCCUCGGCAACCCUGAGAGAGGAGCAGCCAGUCAUCGAGGUGACCGCGUGGCACAGCGCGUACUCGCCGCACUCGGCUGUGGUGUCUCUGACUGCGGCCACGCGCGCUUUCCUGCCGGGCUGGAAGGUGCGCGUCGUCAACCACCCGCUGCCCAAGGAGCACCCGAGUCCCGAGCCGGACCCCAUGAUCGUGCUGGCCACGCGCGUCAUGUGCGGCGUUUUCAUUCCUGUCGGCCUGGCCUUCCUCGCCGCGACCUACGUGCUCUUUCCCAUACAGGAGCGGGUCCAGAACGUGAAGCUGCUGCAGCUUCUGGCGGGUGCGGGCGCUCUCCCCUUCUGGGUCUCGUCGUUCAUCGUGGACCUGGCCCUGCACGCGGUCUGCUCGCUCGUGCUGCUCUUGCCCCUGGCUCUGCUCGACUGGCACCGCCUGUACUCGGACACCUACACGCUCGGUGCGGCUUCCGUCUAUACAAUAAUGCUGAGCUACGGCUGGGCCUCGAUACCGGUCGCCUACGUGGCGUCAUUGGUCUGCGACCAGCCGUCAACAGGAUACGUGGCCAUCGCCUGCGUCAGCAUCGUAGCUGGUAUGGUCCUGAACACGGGCAUGUCCCUGCUCUAUCUGCUUCCCCAGCUUACGGGCCACUGGGAGAACAGCACCCACGAGACGCCAUACCUAGACAGCGCCCUGUGGAUAUUCAGGACUAUUCCCAGCUUCGCGCUCACCUGGGGCAUCUCCAACUGCCUGCAGAUGGUCUGGCCAUUGUGA